AUGGUACUCCAGAGAGCCUGGCUGAAAAUUAGGAACACUUUACAUAAGUCUAAUUUUGCUAAGGUUACCCUACUCUGCAUAUCACUGACAUCAGGACUAUGGCAGGAAUCGAUAGGAAGCCGUGUACUAAAUGAAAUCAACAACAUUAAAGCUGGUCGUAUGCUUAGAGAGAGGAAUGAAACAUCGCAAGAAGUUAAACCGCGUUGUGUUUGUUCAAAAAUAUACGACCCGGUAUGUGCUUCAAAUAACAAGUCAUACUAUAACAUAUGCCAUAUGGAGUGUGAGAACGAGCCAAAUACCGUUUUUGUCGUACAUCAAGGGAACUGCAUACCAUACUAG